GGUGCUGUCUGCCACAUGACUCACUAUUUAUCCCUGUGAAGCACACGAGUGUCUCAAAGGGAAGAGGGCAUGGGAACACCCUUGUUUUUCAAGAGAGCCUUAAAGUCCGGGGCUUAAAAUACUGGGUUAAUGGUGAAGAGAGAAGCUGGUCGUGGUCACGGAGAUUCAGGGAAGAGGGAAACCCCACCACUGCGUGAGGCACUAUUGCCCAGAGGAGCUAAAUGGACCAGAAGUCUACCACCAGGAAGGGGCCAGAUUUCUGUUCGCUGCGCUACGGACUGGCUCUCAUCAUGCAUUUCUCAAACUUCACCAUGAUAACCCAGCGUGUGAGUCUGAGCAUCGCCAUCAUUGCCAUGGUGAACAGCACCCAGCAGCACGGUCCAUCCAAUGCCUCCACCCAGGGGCCCCUGACAGAUACCCUCACCAACCCAAGCAGAUCCACCAGGGAACUUAAUACCAGGGCUUCUGUGUAUCAGUGGAGCCCAGAGACGCAGGGCAUCAUCUUCAGCUCCAUCAGCUACGGGAUAAUACUGACUCUGAUCCCAAGUGGAUACUUAGCGGGGAUCUUUGGAGCGAAGCAGAUGCUUGGCGCUGGGUUGCUCAUCUCUUCCCUUCUCACUCUCUUCACUCCACUGGCGGCUGACGUCGGAGUGAUCCUGGUCAUCGUGAUCCGGACAGUCCAGGGCAUGGCCCAGGGAAUGGCGUGGACAGGUCAGUUUACAAUCUGGGCAAAAUGGGCUCCUCCACUGGAACGAAGCAAGCUUACCAGCAUUGCGGGGUCAGGGGCAGCGUUUGGGUCCUUCUUCAUCCUCUGUGUCGGGGGACUAAUCUCCCAGGCACUGGGCUGGCCUUUUAUCUUCUACAUCUUUGGUAGCAUUGGCUGUGUCUGCUGUCUUCUGUGGUUCACGGUCAUUUAUGAUGACCCCAUGCAUCACCCGUGCAUAAGUGCCAGGGAAAAGGAGCACAUCGUGUCCUCACUGGCCCAGCAGCCCAGUUCUCCCAGACGAUCUGUGCCCAUAAAGGCUAUGGUCAGAUGCCUACCGCUCUGGGCCAUUUUCACGGGGUUCUUCAGCCAUUUCUGGUUGUGCACCAUAAUCCUAACAUACCUACCGACGUACAUCAGCACCGUGCUCCAUGUUAACAUCAGAGAUAGUGGGGUUCUGUCCUCCCUGCCCUUCAUUGCAGCCUCAAGCUGUACGAUUUUAGGAGGUCAGUUGGCAGAUUUCCUUCUGUCCAAGAAACUCCUCAGCCUAAUCGCCGUGCGAAAGCUCUUCUCAUCCCUAGGGCUCCUCCUUCCAUCACUGUGUGCUGUGGCCCUGCCCUUCGUGGCCUCCAGUUACACCACGACCAUCGCUUUGCUGAUUCUCAUUCCUGGGACCAGCAACCUGUGUGACUCGGGGUUCAUCAUCAACACCCUGGAUGUUGCUCCCAGAUAUGCAAGCUUCCUCAUGGGAAUUUCAAGGGGAUUCGGGCUUAUUGCAGGAAUCAUCUCCUCCACGGCCACCGGAUUCCUUAUCAGUCAGGAUUCUGAGUCUGGAUGGAGGAAUGUAUUUUUCUUGUCUGCUGCGGUCAACAUGUUUGGUCUGGUCUUUUACCUCACAUUUGGACGAGCUGAAAUCCAGGACUGGGCCAAAGAGAGAACUCUCACCCGCCUCUGAGGAAGUGGAGCUGCACACUUAACUGUAGUACUGACUCUUGGCUUCUUGACGUUCUUUUCUUGUCGCCAUGCUUCCUUCAUAUUCCUGACCACAGACACGGAGGUUCUCAACUCUGGCUGUGGGUUCCGCCCUCCUAGGGAGCCUCAAUCACACGCAGGUGCCUGGGCCCCCUCCAGAGAUUCCCAGUGAAUCGGCCUGGGGUGGAGCCCAGAUGCCACCAAUUUUUAGAUUCCCAGGAAUUUCUACAAGUCGUAGCCAUGUUGACAAUUGUUGAACAAGUCUGAGAAGUUCUUUCCUGUUGCUUUUGAAUUUUCCUCUUUGGAAAGUACUAGAUAAAUAAAAAUCUGUGUGAAAAUAAUCACUGAUAAAUACCUUCAUGGGCAUGGUUUUGAGCACAGAGAUCUGCUGGGAAUGAUAGCCAUAUGCUACACAACUCAGCGCAGAACCUAAUUUUAAAACUGUAAUCCAGAGAAUUAACAUUUAUUGUUUUUAUAUGCUGUGAAACAUGGAUGCUUAUUUAUGUGGUUUAAUUCUACUAAAAUUCACAUGCUAAAGUUAAGUAGGGCAUUUUAAAUCUAUUUAGAUUAGGAUUAUUUCCAUCAGGCAAAGCAGAUAUUUGUUUAGCCUAGCUAAACUCCAGGAGAUUAAAACCAGAAAAUGAUCAGGAAAAUAUUAAGUGAUUAAGGUUAGCUAGAAUUCUGGGAGAGAUGACAGAAUUGGAAAGCUUGUUCCAUGAUGUGCUGGGCACAGUGAGACAUUUAGACCAGGUAGUGAAAAUCAGAGGAGGACCAGAGAGGCGUUUUCAAGGGAAAUGGCCAUUUACAUGGGGGAGGGAACUGCUAAAGGUGUAAGAGGCUGCAGCGAGGCCCAGAGAGGCAGCGGCUUCAAGGCAGGCUCCUGGGAACCUAGAGAAAUCAUUCUACCUUCUCCAAGUUUUCCUCAGUCUCCCAAGACUCUCCCAACAGGAACUGAUCCUGGCUCCCGACAUGUGAAGCACGUCCUCUAGGUCAUCUCCACACAUAGCAUAGUCUGGUUUGCCUCAACGUUUUUAGAGAAGUUCCCACCAUCUGUUGAACCCUGUUAGAACCACCAGCACUGGGAGCUUGGACUGAUCCAGCAGGUGAAGAGCAUCUCCCAGUGCAAAUCGACAGGCAAUUCUGUGUAGAUGUUUUAAGGAAAAUGGAGUGUGAGGCCCGGAGGUGACGCUAACAUGGGAAUACAUCUGGAUAUUUACAGUAUACUGAGAAGGGGCUUUCUUAAAAACUGAAAAAGAAAAACAAGGGAGAGAUAGUAAAAUGAACAGGAAAAUUAUAUACAGGACAAGUUUUAAACAGGUCGGGGGAAGCAACCAAAUAGAAAAAUGGGCAAAUGACUCAAACAGGGACUUCAAAAAGAAGAAAUUCUAAGAUGCCUGUGCAUAUAAAAAUGCAGUCAACUUCAUUAGUCACUGGAAAAAUGAAGAUCAAAGCCCAAAUGAGAUAGUCUGACACACUUAGCAGGAUAGAUAAAAUAAAACAGCAGAUGCUGGCACAGGUAUGGGGCAGCUGGAACAUUGUACACUAGGAAUGUGAGUGUGAGUUAGAACUUUGGACAGACACUUAGCAAGGUCUCCAAAAGCUAAGUGGGCAGUUUACACCACUCAGACAUUUCACUUAGGAUUUCAGAUACAUGCGAAAACAUGACAACUGUGUUCAUAGGAGCACUACCUAGAGUGGGCCAAAGAGGAAAGAACCACGUGCCUGCGAAGGGAAGGAUGAGUGCGUAAACCCCGGGCCACUCCCGCAGCUACAAGAGUGAACAGAGCUGAUGACACCACCACCAAUGCUCCUCACAAACUCCAGUGAGCGAAGAAAACAAAAAGUACAUUUUUCAAAACAGACCAAAUGAACAUAUCCUGUUAGAAAUCAAAUUAGUGGCUCCCCUCCAGUGGGGUGGUAGUCCUGCCUGGACAGGCUGGUACCAUCUUAGCUCUUGACACUUGUGUGUUGUGCUUUGUGACAAGUGUUCAUCUGUGGUGUGUGCACUUUCACGAAGGUGAAAGGUAAAACAUUUACUUGAAAUAUAUCCAAUAUUUCACCCAUUUCAAAGUUUCUCUUCUCUCUUUGGCUUAGGUGUGACCCGUGGAGCACUUGGGAAGGGUCUUGGUCCUCUCCUUUCAUGUUCCUCCUGGUCCCCUCUCUCCACCCCUGCUGGAUCCUCCAGCAUCAGAGCAGGAGGGAAGCAGCGGGCAAUCCAAGCUGUCAGCUCUUGGACCA